CGGGUUUUCUAAUCAAAGCCUUUCGAUUCCCUCUCCCAGCGUCAUUUGGAUGAGAAAGCCAUGCUGGGGUUCACAACUCUCUCCCAACCCUCAAUCUCUCCUCCAUUUUUUCCAGCUUCAACGCAAAUCCUUCCUCGCUGCUGUAACUUUUUCCCCUUCCCUUCUUCUUCGUUCCCGAAUCCCCAACCUGUGAGCCCCAGAAAACCAAUUGCACUUGUCGUCUUUGCAGAGAACGAUAAUGGGCCGAAUGAACUGAAGGAAGGAGACAAGCCAGAACAAGAUGACGUUGCUGCAAACGGGGGCAAGGAUAAUUCGAGCAAAGAUCGACGACCCAUCUUUGAUUUCGACUUGAGGAGUCUCCUUGAUCCUGAUCCUGACAAUGUAUUGGCCCUUUGUUUGACAGGUCUGCUCACAUGGGCAAGUGUUCAAGUUCUCUUGCAACUCUGUUUUAUCUCAUUAGCUAUUCUUCUUGCUGCUCUCAAGUAUUCUUUCAUUGCCGCGCUUCUUGUUUUCAUUCUUAUCACCCUUCUCUAGAUCAUGAAAUCUCAAGUUCAGAUGUGCUGUAAAUCAACUUGUGUAUAGUUACGUGCAUUCUUGAUUCGGUUUUUCUUUCUGAGAAUUAACGUCAACAUGUAUGAAUGGCUUUCAAAUUGAGAAUCGGUGACAACAUGUGAAUGGAUUGUGCACCUCUCCUUUAAUUCAUACUUUAAAUUUAGUGAAUUGCUUCUUCUAGUUCA